GCGGAAUUAAAAAAUCUGCGGUACUGAACUAUAGAACAUUCCAAUGAAUAUAUAGUUCAGUGUCUGUUAUAUCAUCACUAUUAUUGGCGCAGUGCUUGAACAAUCAUCCAUUUGGCACACAGCGCUAUCGGAACAUCGUGUGUAUGACAGUGUAUGAGAGCACGUAAAGUGUAGAACCCGGUCGAAACGUCAGUCGAGGCUGAUCGAGGCCAAAUGGAUUAAAAGGAUCUCGCCAGUUCGCGAGUGAAUCACAAAUUGAGAAAUUUUGAAUCGAGCGAUUAUUACUUCCGUAUUAUUGACAAAACGAUCUAUCACCGUGCGUUUAUUCGAUGUUUUCCUAGUGCCUGCACGAAACGUCACUUAUUGAUCCCGGCGGCAAAUUAAUUCUGCCACACCCCAUUUGUGGCCAUUUUGGACACGAUAUUCUGUGAACUACUUCAACAAUCGGAGUCAUGGAUCAAAUUACGCCGAAGGAGGUGAAGAUUCUUGAGAAUCCAGAGGACAUCCAAGAAAGGCGAGAGCAAGUACUAGGACGAUAUGCUAACUUUAAGUCGGAAGCGCGUAAUAAGCGAGACAAGCUCGAGGACUCCCGUCGCUUUCAGUAUUUCAAGCGAGAUGCGGAUGAACUCGAAGGAUGGAUCUACGAGAAGCUCCAAGCAGCCUCAGAUGAGAGCUAUAAAGAUCCGACCAAUCUACAGGCAAAGAUUCAAAAACAUCAGGCUUUUGAAGCAGAAGUCGCUGCUCAUUCAAAUGCCAUCGUGCUUCUUGACAAUACUGGCUCUGAAAUGAUAGCACAACAUCAUUUUGCAAGCGAUGUAAUUCGCAAAAGACUAGAGGAACUGCAUCGCCUGUGGGAGUUGCUACUAUCUCGAUUGGCUGAUAAGGGCUUGAAGUUACAACAGGCCUUGGUUCUCGUACAAUUCAUUCGUCAUUGUGACGAAGUAAUGUUCUGGAUUCAUGACAAGGAAGCUUUUGUAACGACCGAUGAAUUUGGACUUGACUUGGAGCACGUGGAGGUGCUCCAAAGAAAAUUUGACGAAUUCCAAAAAGAUAUGGCCAGCCAGGAGUACAGAGUCACUGAAGUUAAUGAACUGGCAGACAAGCUGCUGUUAGACGGACAUCCUGAACGUGAUACGAUACUGCGCAGGAAGGAGGAGCUGAAUGAAUCCUGGCAGAGACUAAAACAACUGGCCACACUGCGGCAGGAGAAGCUCUUCGGAGCGCACGAAAUUCAGAGAUUCAAUCGUGAUGCUGAUGAGACCAUGGCUUGGAUCGCAGAAAAGGAUGUUGUACUGUCAUCCGAUGAUUUCGGCCGAGACCUCGCCAGCGUUCAAACCUUACAACGAAAGCACGAAGGUAUCGAACGCGAUUUGGCCGCACUGGAAGAUAAGGUGUUUACAUUGGGCGCAGAAGCCGAUCGUCUCGCUUCAAUUCACGAAGCAGAUCAUUCCAAACAAAUUAAAGCCAAACGCGCCGAGAUUUUGCAAUCGUGGGAGAGCCUGACCGCAAAGGCGAAAGAGCGACGCCUAAAACUCGACGAGUCCUACUAUCUGCAUCGGUUCUUAGCCGACUAUCGCGAUCUGGUGUCAUGGAUGAAUGACAUGCGCGCCAUUAUUUCCGCGGACGAGCUAGCUAAAGACGUAGCUGGCGCUGAGGCCUUAGUCGACAGACACCAGGAACACAAGGGUGAAAUUGACGCCAGAGCCGAUAGUUUCGACGCAACCACACUGGCUGGUAAUAAACUCUUGGAAAAGAAGCAUUACGCUGCCGAGGAGGUGGCGCGAAAAUUGAAUUCCCUUGCUGACGACAAAUCAUCUCUCCUGAGUUUGUGGGAAAAGAGGCGUAUCUUGUACGAGCAAUGCGUGGAUUUGCAGCUAUUCUAUCGGGACACCGAACAGGCAGAUGCAUGGAUGGCCAAACAGGAAGCAUUUCUGGCUAACGAAGAUUUAGGAGAUUCGCUCGACAGUGUAGAGGCGCUCAUUAAGAAACACGAGGACUUUGAUAAAUCUUUAGCAGCACAGGAGGAGAAAAUCAAAGUGCUCGAUGACUUCGCUGGAAAGUUAAUCGAGGGUGAGCAUUAUGCCGCGGACGACGUAGCGCAACGCCGCCAGCUGCUGUUGGAACGGAGAGCCAUUCUCCUUGAGAAAUCGUCUCAAAGACGCCGUCAUCUGGAAGACGCUUACAAGUUGCAACAAUUUGAGAGAGACUGCGACGAAACGAAGGGCUGGGUAAAUGAGAAACUCAAGUUUGCCACCGACGACAGUUACUUGGAUCCUACUAACCUGAACGGAAAGGUGCAGAAGCAUCAGAAUUUCGAGCAGGAACUGAACGCAAACAGGACGCGGAUGGAAGAGAUGGUGGCCACCGGCCAGGAAUUGAUCGACAGUGGCCACUACGCUAGCGAUCGCAUACGCACUCGCACGGACGAAAUUGUGACGCUGUGGGAAAGUCUGACACGAGCCAGCGAGAAGAAAGGUGCGAAGUUGCAGGAAGCUUCUCAACAGCAGCAGUUUAACCGAACCAUAGAAGAUAUCGAGCUGUGGCUUUCGGAAGUGGAGGGACAACUCAUGUCGGAAGAUUAUGGCAAGGAUUUGACGAGCGUCCAGAACUUGCAGAAAAAGCACGCGCUUCUGGAAGCCGACGUAGGCUCUCAUACGGACAGGAUCGACGGCAUCGCUCAAGCGGGCGAACAGUUCGUCAAGUCGGGUCAUUUCGACGCCGAUAACAUCAAGACCAAGCAGGAGCAAUUGCAAACUAGAUACAGCUCUCUGCAGCAACCUAUGAGUUUGAGGAAACAACGGCUUCUGGACUCCCUCCAAGUGCAGCAACUGUUCCGAGAUAUCGAGGACGAGGAAGCGUGGAUACGCGAGAAAGAGCCGGUCGCGGCGUCCACCAAUCGCGGCCGCGAUCUGAUCGGCGUGCAGAAUCUCCAGAAGAAGCAUCAGGCCGUUUUGGCUGAAAUUAAUAACCACGAGCCGAGAGUGGCCGCGGUUUGCCAAGCGGGUUCGACGAUGUUGCAAGAAGGACACUUUGCUGGUGAAGAGAUCAAUCAGCGACUGACAGCUCUGGAUGAACACUGGGGACAACUGAAGGACAAGGCUCGACAGCGCAAGAAUGAUCUGGACGAUUCGUUGCAAGCGCAUCAGUACUUCGCCGACGCGAACGAAGCUGAGUCCUGGAUGAAGGAGAAACGCCCGAUUGUGAUGAAUGGCGACUACGGCAAGGACGAGGACAGUUCCGAAGCCCUUCUGAAGAAGCACGAAGCGCUGGUCAGCGACCUGGAAGCGUUCGCCAGCACCAUUGGAGCGCUGAAGGAUCAAGCUGCGGCGUGCAGACAGCAGGAGACCCCUACGAUCGACAUUACCGGCAAGGAAUGCGUCGUGGCUCUUUACGACUACACGGAGAAGUCGCCCAGAGAAGUGUCUAUGAAGAAGGGCGAUACUUUGACCCUUCUCAACUCUAACAACAAGGACUGGUGGAAGGUCGAGGUGAACGAUCGUCAAGGCUUCGUGCCAGCGGCGUACGUGAAGCGCGUGGAGCCCGAGGCGGGUCUUAGCGCAUCUCAGCAGAAUUUGGCUAGAGAACAGAGCUCGAUCGCCGCGCGACAAGCGCAGAUCGAUGCGCAAUACGAUGAUCUUCUGCGUUUGGCGCGCGAGCGUCAGAACAAACUCAACGAGACGGCCAAGGCUUACGUGCUGGUGAGAGAAGCCGCGGAGCUGGCUACUUGGAUCAAGGACAAGGAAAAUCACGCGCAAGUGCAGGACGUCGGCGAGGAUCUGGAACAAGUGGAGGUCAUGCAGAAGAAGUUCGACGAUUUCCAAGCCGAUCUCAAGGCGAAUGAGGUGCGUUUGGCCGAGAUGAACGAAAUCGCCGUGCAAUUGAUGAGCCUCGGGCAGACCGAAGCGGCGCUGAAGAUCCAGACGCAGAUCAAGGAUCUGAACGAGAAGUGGACCAGCUUGCAAACGCUCACGGCGGAACGCGCCAGUCAGCUUGGCUCCGCUCACGAAGUGCAGCGAUUCCAUCGCGACGUUGACGAGACGAAAGAUUGGAUUCGCGAGAAGGACGCGGCGCUGAACAACGACGAUCUGGGCAAGGAUUUGCGCAGCGUUCAGGCCCUGCAGCGCAAACACGAGGGUCUGGAGAGGGAUUUGGCGGCCCUGGGAGACAAGAUUAAGCAGCUCGACGAGACGGCGAAUCGCCUGAUGCAGUCGCAUCCGGAGACGGCCGAGCAAACGUACGCCAAACAGAAGGAGAUCAACGAAGAGUGGACGCAACUGACGGCCAAAGCUAACAACAGAAAGGAAAAGCUUCUUGACUCUUACGAUCUGCAACGAUUCCUCAGCGAUUACCGCGACUUGAUGGCUUGGAUCAACUCGAUGAUGGGCUUAGUCGCUUCGGAGGAGCUUGCAUCGGACGUCACGGGCGCCGAGGCGCUGCUCGAACGCCACCAGGAACACCGUAUGGAAAUAGAUGCCAGGGCGGGCACUUUUCAGGCAUUCGAAUUAUUCGGUCAACAACUGUUGCAAUCGAAUCAUUACGCCACUGCGGAGAUAACGGAGAAGCUCGAAUCUAUGGCCGAAGCACGACAGGAACUGGAGAAAGCCUGGAUCCAGCGACGCAUGCAGCUUGACCAGAAUCUCGAACUGCAGCUGUUCUGCAGAGAUUGCGAGCAGGCGGAGAAUUGGAUGAGCGCGCGAGAGGCUUUCCUCAGCAGCGCGGACGCGGUGGACAACAGCGAUAACGUCGAGGCUCUUAUCAAGAAACACGAGGAUUUCGAUAAAGCGAUCAACGCUCACGAAGAGAAGAUCGCCACUUUGCAAACGCUGGCUGAUCAGUUGAUCGCCGCCGAACAUUAUGCCGCCAAGCCCAUCGACGAAAGACGGUGCCAAGUGCUGGACCGCUGGCGACACCUGAAGGACGCUCUUAUCGAGAAACGUUCCAAAUUGGGCGAAUCUCAGACCCUGCAGCAGUUCUCCCGAGACGCCGAUGAAAUGGAAAAUUGGAUCGCCGAGAAACUUCAACUGGCGACCGAAGAAAAUUACAAGGAUCCCGCUAAUAUACAAUCGAAGCAUCAGAAGCAUCAGGCCUUCGAAGCCGAAUUGGCGGCCAACGCGGAUCGAAUUCAGUCGGUGCUCGCCAUGGGGGGCAAUCUGAUCGAGAAACACCAGUGUGCCGGUUCAGAAGACGCCGUUCAGAAGAGACUCGCGUCCAUCGCUGACCAAUGGGAGUAUCUCACGCAAAAGACCACGGAGAAGUCGAUGAAAUUGAAGGAAGCUAACAAGCAGCGCACUUACAUCGCCGCCGUCAAGGAUCUCGACUUCUGGCUCGGAGAGGUCGAAAGUUUGCUCACGUCUGAGGACGCCGGCAAGGACUUGGCUUCCGUACAGAAUCUCAUGAAGAAACAUCAGCUCGUCGAGGCGGACAUACAGGCGCACGAGGAGAGAAUCAAGGAUAUGAAUACGCAGGCCGACUCAUUGAUCGAGAGCGGCCAAUUCGACGCGGCUGGCAUUCAAGAGAAGCGACAGAGCAUAAACGAACGUUACGAGCGAAUCAGAAAUCUGGCGGCGCACAGACAGGCGAGACUCAACGAAGCCAAUACCUUGCAUCAAUUCUUCCGCGACAUCGCCGACGAGGAGUCUUGGAUCAAGGAGAAGAAGCUUCUCGUCGGAUCCGACGACUACGGUCGCGAUCUUACGGGCGUGCAGAACCUGAAGAAGAAGCACAAGAGAUUGGAGGCUGAGCUCGGCAGUCACGAGCCCGCGAUACAAGCUGUCCAAGAAGCGGGAGAAAAAUUGAUGGACGUUUCGAAUCUCGGAGUACCCGAAAUCGAGCAGCGUCUGAAGCUUCUCAAUCAGGCGUGGGCCGAAUUGAAGCAAUUGGCCGCUACCAGGGGACAGAAACUCGACGAGUCCUUGACGUAUCAACAAUUUCUCGCCAAGGUCGAAGAGGAGGAGGCGUGGAUCACGGAGAAGCAGCAGCUACUUUCCGUCGAGGAUUAUGGCGACACAAUGGCCGCCGUGCAAGGUCUUCUGAAGAAGCACGAUGCAUUCGAAACCGACUUUGCAGCUCACGGCGAACGUUGCAAGGACAUUUGCGAGGCCGGCGAAACGCUGAUCAAGGCCGGCAAUCAUCGAGCGGACGCUAUCGGCCAGAGAUGCGCGCAGUUGCGUAACAAAUUGGAGCAACUCGGAACUCUCGCGGCUCGCAGGAAGAUUCGACUGAACGAUAACUCGGCGUAUCUGCAGUUCAUGUGGAAGGCCGACGUGGUCGAGUCGUGGAUCGCCGACAAGGAAACCCACGUGCGUUCCGAAGAAUUCGGCCGCGAUCUGUCGACCGUGCAGACUCUGCUCACGAAACAGGAGACCUUCGACGCCGGUCUCCACGCGUUCGAGCACGAGGGCAUCCAGAACAUCACCUCGCUGAAGGAGAUGCUCGUUGAUUCCGGCCACGAUCAAACGCCCAGUAUUCAGAAACGUCACGCCGACGUCAUCACACGUUGGCAGAAACUCUUGGCCGAUUCGGACGCGAGAAAGCAGCGUCUAUUGAGAAUGCAGGAUCAGUUUAGGCAAAUCGAGGAGCUUUAUCUGACAUUCGCGAAGAAGGCGUCCGCUUUCAAUUCCUGGUUUGAGAAUGCCGAGGAGGAUCUGACGGACCCGGUGCGCUGCAACAGUAUCGAAGAGAUUCGUGCUCUUCGAGAAGCGCACGCGCAGUUCCAGGCCAGCUUGUCGUCCGCGGAAGCCGACUUCCAAGCUCUGGCCGCUCUCGACAGACAGAUCAAGAGUUUCAAUGUCGGACCUAAUCCGUACACGUGGUUCACGAUGGAAGCAUUGGAAGAUACUUGGCGUAAUUUACAGAAGAUAAUUAAGGAACGCGAUGUCGAGCUCGCGAAGGAAGCACAACGGCAGGACGAGAAUGAUAAAUUGCGUAAGGAAUUUGCCAAGCAUGCCAAUGCUUUCCAUCAGUGGCUCGCGGAAACAAGAACAUCCAUGAUGGAAGGAUCUGGAUCUUUAGAACAGCAACUGGAAGCUACGAAGAGAAAAACUCAAGAAGUACGCGCACGUCGUCAAGACCUGAAAAAGAUCGAAGAUUUAGGAGCCAUUCUGGAGGAGCAUUUAAUUCUGGACAAUCGUUACACAGAGCACAGUACUGUGGGAUUAGCGCAGCAAUGGGACCAGUUGGAUCAGCUGGGAAUGCGUAUGCAACACAAUUUGGAGCAGCAAAUUCAAGCCCGAAAUCAGUCCGGUGUGUCUGAAGACGCACUCAAAGAAUUCUCCAUGAUGUUCAAGCACUUUGACAAGGACAAGAGCGGUCGUCUGAAUCACCAAGAAUUUAAAUCGUGCCUCAGAGCUCUGGGUUACGAUCUACCCAUGAUGGAGGAAGGACAACCUGAUCCAGAAUUCGAAAAUAUACUAGACAUCGUGGAUCCGAACAGAGACGGCUAUGUAUCGUUGCAAGAAUACAUGGCGUUUAUGAUCAGCAAGGAAACAGAGAACGUGCAGAGCUCGGAGGAGAUAGAAAAUGCUUUCCGAGCGAUUACCGCAGCGGAUCGACCGUAUGUCACGAAGGAGGAAUUAUAUGCUAACCUCACAAAGGAAAUGGCCGAUUACUGCGUCGCUCGUAUGAAACCUUAUGUAGAUCCCAAAUCGGAACGACCGAUAACGGCAGCACUGGACUACAUAGAAUUUACACGUACUCUUUUCCAGAAUUAAUUAUUCAUAUAUAUACAUAUAUAUAUAUACAUAUAUAUAUAUGCCUAUUAAUGUUUUUCAGAGCUUAUU